AAGCCAUGGCUGCGACGGCAGGAGCCGCGGACACCUCCUUGACCGCGUCCUUCCGGCCGUCGGGAGAUGCCGCCCGGCCGCCCCCUCAUCUGGCCGCGCUGGUGCUGGCCCGCGGCGGCAGCAAAGGAAUCCCGCUGAAGAACAUUAAGCUCCUCGCUGGGGUCCCGCUGAUUGGCUGGGUUUUGAGGGCAGCCCUCGAUUCUGGCGUCUUCCAGAGCGUGUGGGUUUCCACAGACCACGAUGAAAUUGAGAAAGUGGCCAAGCAGUUUGGGGCGCAGGUCCAUCGAAGGAGCUCAGAAGUCUCGAAAGACUCCUCUACCUCACUGGAUGCCAUCGUGGAGUUCCUCCAGUAUCAUGACGACAUUGACAUUGUUGGAAAUAUCCAAGCGACGUCGCCUUGUUUGCAUCCCACCGACCUGAUCAGAGUGGCCAAAAUGAUCCAUGAGGACGGGUUUGACUCUGUCUUCUCUGUCGUGAGGCGCCAUCAAUUUAGAUGGAGUGAAGUCAGGAAAGGAGUGUGCGACGUGACUGUGCCUCAAAAUCUGAAUCCCGCCAAGCGGCCCCGGAGGCAGGACUGGGACGGGGAACUCUAUGAGAACGGGUCGUUUUAUUUUGCCAAGAGGCCCCUGAUUGAAAGGGGUUACUUGCAGGGUGGGAAAAUGGCUUAUUACGAAAUGCGCGCUGAGCAUAGCGUCGAUAUAGAUGUUGACAUUGACUGGCCUAUCGCAGAGCAAAGAGUCCUGAGGUACGGCUACUUUGGCAAAGACACCCUGAAGGAAGUGAAACUGCUGGUCUGCACCAUCGACGGAUGCCUCACCACCGGUCACGUUUACGUCUCGGAAGACGCGAAAGAGAUUGUCUCGUACGACGUCAGGGAUGGCGUUGGGAUCGACUUGCUUCAGAAGAGAGGCGUUGAGGUGCGGCUGAUAUCCGAGAGGGACUGUUCGCCCAGGACGCUUUCCGCCAUGAAGCUGGGCUGUGCCAUGGAAGCCAACGUGACUGACAAGCUGCCCGUGGUCGAGAAGUGGAGGAAGGAAAUGGGACUCUGUUGGAAGGAAGUGGCAUACUUAGGAAAUGAAGAAUCUGAUGUGGAGUGCCUGAAGAAAGCCGGCAUGAGUGCCGUCCCUGCUGACGGCUGCCCGGCUGCCCAGAAAGCCACGAGCUACAUUUGCAAAUGUAAUGGUGGCCGCGGCGCAAUCCGGGAAUUUGCCGAGCACAUCUUCCUCCUAAUGGAAAAGGUGAAUUCGGCCGGAAAGAAACGGUGAUGGUAAAGCCCUGAAGCCGCUCGUGCUGCUCACGGGGAAGAAGUGUCCGAGUUCAUUUUGCUGAUUUCUUUUGUUGUGUGUCCAUUGCUUGGUUUUUGGUAUUUGGGGAAUCCAAAGGGCAUUGUUGGGGCAUUUUAACAGCAUGCACUUAAACCCAAUCGUUACUUUCCUGUUGCCACCCCGUGCUGGUGUAAAAGCCAGCCGAGUCAAGCUGACUGCAGUUAGUAUUGCUGGGCGGGUCUUAUUAAAACGUUAAAACGUUUGCGGCAUGAAUGCCUGACUUUUUAGCAGCCUGGUUUUUGAAGAAAACAACCGUAUUUCAAAAACUAGUAGGAACAGAAUUUUGGUGGUGUGUUGUUGCUUUUUAAACAGACAAGUGUACGAUUGUGUCAGCGUCAGGAUGCUGUUGUGUAAAGGGCCGGUUUGAUGAAAUCGAGGGGGCAUUGUUUAGAACUGGAUUUCCUUUGAGAGAGUGGUCUUCUAGACGCAAACGUUUGCCGUCUCCUGCCGAAUAGGAAUAUAGGAUCCCGGUGCUGGCAUCUCUCAAAGAUUUUGCAUCUGCAGUGAGCUGUGUUUACAGAUUCCCCGAGGUUGGGAGAGACCCAAUCCCAGCAUUGUUCUAGAUUAGGCAUGUGAAGGGGGAGGCCGCAGCUCAUUGGUAAAGCCCGUGCUUUGCAUGCAGGGGAUCCCGGUUAAAACAGGGGCACCUGGCCCUCCAGGUGUCAUCGGUCUCCCAGUUAACACCUGUCCCAGCCAGCAUGGCCCAAUGGUAAGAGAAGAUGGGAUUUUAGUCUAACAACAUCUGGAGGACCCUUGAGUUUAAAACAGAGGUGGGUAACUUGAGGCCUUCCAGAUGUCAAAUCAUGUCUCACCAUUGGCUAGGUCUGAUAAGUUUAGGCGAAACAGCUGGAGGGCCACAAGGUACCAUGGUUUAAAGGGUCAAGUUGGUGAUAACAUGGAAGAACAUGAGACCCUGAAGGGCUGGUCAAAUCAUCCAUUAUAAAGCAAUGUUAGACUGACCCAGCUCAUCAGCUGCUGUUCUUCUACAUUCCUUCUGAUGGGAUUCAUUCCCAAGGUUGCUCCUUCAGCUUUUGGGGUUUUGCAUCCAGAAUUCGUGCUGCCGGGCCGUAGACUGACGUGUGCUUUGAGCUUGGCCUUCCAAUCUGAUGCUGUGCUUUUAGUCCCGCCUGCCAGUUCAUACAGUCUCUAGAAUCAAAGGGUUUAAAAAAUGUGUCCCUCUUGUUCAGGGCUGCAUGUUAGAAUGCUGCCCUUCAAAAGACGUCUCCUGCAUAUAGGAAAAAAACGUGCAGGUUAGGGGAAGGCUGGGUUGAACGCAUCUCCCCGACUGCUUGUUUUGAAUGGGUAGGGGGAUUUCAAUAAAAUCCAAGAGAGCAUUCAGGCAUGCAACCCCCACCCCCACCUGCAGCUAGAAGUGGGGACAUCUGCAAAGUCUUUUUCCUCCUGUCCAUAGAACUGACUUCAAUAGGUUGCGCCCUCAAAUUGAUCCCUUAUUGUGCAAAGUGCAGCACAACUGGGCCCUUUGUUUCUAAAGGGGUCUUGAGGCCAUCUGCUAUAUGUAAAUAGCUGGCACCAUGCUGACGUGCAAAUGGUGCACCCGUCGGGACAGGCACCCUUAUUAAGAGCCCUUUGAACAAGGCAUUCAGAGGAGAACGUGAUUUGCACAGCCACUGUAUUGCGUAUAGCCACCCAUUAAGGGUGUCCAUGGCCAGAUCACACCAGAUACUGGACAAGACAGAUGGAUCGCCUGACAGUACAAGGCGAGGUUCCUGCGUCCAUAUAGCCAGUCUUGCCUGAAGGCUACUUUGCAAAAAAGAAAGAAAGAAAAGGUAGGGGAUUCCAAGGCAGAGGCUUAAUCCAAUUCAGGGUGGAUCCAGGUACAGAUGGGAACCAAUCUUUGGGCCACCAAAGAUCUACACCAAGCAGGAUAUUGCACUAUGAAAGCAGUAUGAAAGUGGUACAUAAGAGGCAGGAGCCACACCAAGCAGGAUAUAACACUACGAAAGUGGUAUGAAACCAGCAUAUGGUACGUGUCAAUGGGCCCCAACAGUUGUCAGUGCACUUCAAGUGCACUAUAAAGCAGUAGUGUGGUGGUACCAGGUGGUAGCAGUAGUAUGGACGCAGGAACCUCGCCUUGUACUGUCAGGCGAUCCAUCCAUCUCGUCCAGUAUCUUCCGCUGAGUAUGAGGCGACAAUCUUUACUGACAAAGGAGGUCAUGUAGAGCAGGGGUAAGGCAACCUUUUUGGACUUGGCAAUUUGAGAAGCUGUCCUGGGCACCACCACAAAAUGGCCCUUGGGAGGCGCGGCAAAGGAGAAGGAACCUGCCCGUAAGACUGCGUACAAGGUGGAGGCAGGGACCGAGCACCGGCACGCUAAACUCCUUUGAACCGACGGCUGAUGAUAAUAAAAUGUGUUAAUCUUUUUCUAAAAAAAGUGGGAGGGGCAAGACACUGGGAGAGGUGUCCAGGGGCGCACUAGGAUGUGCGGGCAUCACAUUGCCUGCCCUUGGUGUAGAAACAGUACAUCGAAACUGUAGAGUUUUCUCUGGGGGUAGUUCUCCUUGCCUUCACCGCAUUGCCGUGGCAUGUAUGUGGCAACUUUAUGGAAAGAAAUGCCAUUUUCUGCAAAGGUAGCAAUUGCUGCCCUUUAUCCAGUGACUACAAUGGUUGCGCCAUUUUGUUUUAAAUCUGCAGUGAAUAUUGAUCAUGGCCUCUCUUUCAUAUUUGGUUCACAACGCACGUCGGGAUUUCUGUUUUUU